AGCAGUAUUUUUGUUCGGAGCGCCCCCUCCUUCCCGGACCGUCGCGUGGGUUCCUUUCUGCCCAACAUGGCUCGACGUAGCGGCAUUGCUUUGCUUAUUGUGGCAGCUCUGUGUGUUGCACCAACCUUCGUGGCACCUCGCUCCCAGCCACCAGUGGAGGUAGACACUGCCCGUGUGGCGGCCAUUGCAGCCGGUUUGACCCCCUUGGCGUUGGAGCAGCCUGCCUCCGCGUACGACAGUGUAGUGGCCAUGCUGCAAAGCUGGCUUGUGGGUGGCAUUGCAUUGGUCCUGAUCUAUGGCGCCGCAUUUGUGGCCGCCUUGGCCAACCCAUUGACCAAGCGACGACAGGAGGUGAAGGCUGAAGUGGAUGCCAUCAAGAAAGCAUAGAUAGGCAGCGCCUGGUGACGCCCCGUCACUUUUUCACAGAAAAGUGGUGAGAUGGCCGUGAUGGCGCUGCUGGGAGAGAGGUAGAGAUGGUCAUUGUAGCAGAGCUUCAG